AUGUCGUUUGAUCUCGAGUCCGGCCGGGGCGGCGGCUACACCGACGACCCUGCCUUCAAGGAACUUCAAUACAAUCUCAAGAGCAAGCUACAGGCGCUUCUCAACAGCAACCGAAAGCUCGCCAACGAUGUCAACGUUCUGGGCACCAAGAAAGAUACUCCGCGCCUGCGGGAGCGGGUUCACAACAGCAUGGAGAAGACGAGGGAGAUGUGCCGCGAGAUUGGCGAGGGCGUCAAGAGACUUCAGACCUGGGAUGACCUGACAGUCUCGAGCGAUUUCCAGGCCGCCCUCCAAGAGUUCCAGGGCCUGCAGCGACGAGCCCUCGAGAAGGAGCGCGCAUCCGUUACCGCCGCCCGCGCCGCGCAAGAGGCCGAGCCCGGCCAACCCGGUGCGCCAUCCGAUACCCAGCUGGAGCAACUACAGCAACAGCAGCAGAUUUCGCAACUUGCGCAGCAGGACGAGGUCGACUUCCAGGAGGCCCUUAUCAUUGAGCGCGAGGAGGAGAUCCGCAAUAUCGAGCAGGGUGUCGGCGACUUGAACGUGCUCUUCCGACAGGUCGCGCAGAUCGUCGAUGAGCAGGGCGAGCAGCUUGGAUCCAUUGCGGAUAACGUGGAGAAUAUCCGCGACGACACGCGACAGGCUGACGUCGAGAAUCGACAAGCCGCGCGUUAUCAGAAGGCGGCUCGCAACAAGAGCUGCUGCCUGCUGCUGAUCCUGGCAGUUAUCAUGACGAUUGUUAUUCUGGCCAUUGUCCUUGAUUAG